AUGCCUCGAGAAGAUGCCACAACCAUGGUGCAUCCCAGUGAUGACCUCAAGGCAGCUGUGAAAGUCUGCUAUGGCUGUUACCGUGUUUGUUACUUCUGGGCACAAGGAGUAUCAGGUGGAGUAUAUGGGAAGCUGGCUGCUGCUCCAAGCCAUACUCAGUCCUUGCAGAUUCUGCAGGGGCCAAGGAGGAAUGGUCUUAUCGUUGCCUGUUACCAAGGUUAUGUGGAUAUUGUAAUAGCCUUAGCACAAUGCCCUCAUCUUGAUGUAAACUGGCAGGACAAUGAAGGGAACACAGCUUUAAUUACAGCUGCGCAGGCAGGGCACAUCACCAUUACAAACUACCUGUUGAACUAUUUUCCUGGACUUGAUAUUGAGAAGAGGAAUGUGUUUGGAUUUACCGCCCUGAUGAAAUCUGCGAUGCAGGGCCGCACUGAAUGCGUCAGAGCCUUGAUGCUGGCAGGGGCAAAUGUUCACGCAACAGACCCAAGCCGUAGACUGACUUCAUGGGAAUGGGCUUGUUACACAGGAAGGUCAGAAUCUGCUUUCAUCAUGCAAAAGCUGAUGGACAGGCCAUGCCCAGAACAGUUUUGUGAUCAGUAUAAACCAGAAUGGCCAAAGAUGAAGGAACUUCUUGCUAAGGCUGCAGAGCCAAAGAGCUGUUUGCAGAGGAUUUCAGAGUGCAUGAGAUCAGCAGUCUCAUUCCGGGCUUUCCGUGGCCCAGAAGAAGAUGGGGUCCUUGAUCACAUGGUCCGGGUGACAACAAGCUUAGGCAGUCCUUUUAUUGCUCUGUCAUGCAGGACUGUGUGCCCAGGAAGCCCACCUUCUGUGGGAAAACGCAGACUGGCCGUGCAGGAAAUCCUUCGGAAGCAGAGAGCCGAGCAAAUCCGAUCUCAGGACAAAGACCACGUUAGCAGCUAUGAGAAAUUAUUUCAGAACUCCAAAGUCACGCUGAUCCCCAAAAAGAAAGACCGUCGAGCCAGUCUGCAGCCCGCUAGCCUUGUGGUACCUCAAGUGAGCACUGUAGCCCUCAGGAAAGCAAGCCUCUUGCCGCUCCACCUUUUGAGACGGAGCAGUGUGAGACCAGGAUUUGUCAUCCCCAAAGUCCGCAUCAGCAAGGCACCUGCACCCACCUACCAGCCAGAAAAUGCAAGACGGAGGAGCAGCGCUAAAGAUGACCCGUAUUUGCAGAUUCCUAAAUGGAGAUACAAGGAGCUAAAAGAGGAACGGAAGAAGGUGGAGGAACUGGAAAAGAAAAAAGCAGCAGAGGCUCAAAAACAGAGGCAGGCAUCUCCUGCCAGGUGCAGGACCUGA